GUUCAGCUUCAGUUGGCUGUUCUCUGUAUUUCGUGCUACUACUAUUCGUUUCGCUAGUAAUUUUUCUUUUUUCUUUUCGUCGGGCAGACGUCCAGUUGCUAUAGAAGAAAUAAAAUCACCCACGCGCAGUUCUUUAUUCCUUACGUAUAUAUAACUGCCGCUUGAUAUAAGCGUCGCCGCUACAUCACCAACUCGUUUUCGAAAAUUAAAAAUAGAGUUUGUGCGACCUUUUUUGUUUCGUCAGUGAGAGGCGGGAGGGAGGGGGACAUUGGCCGAUUUCGUGUUUUGUUUCGUUGAUUUGAGUAACGACUGAGGACGCAGCGCACCGCAUUUCAGCUGGACUCUAUCUAUACGGCUGGACUCCAUUUGGACGGAACAAAUGGCAACUUGAGGUGCGAGGAUGUGCGGGGGACGUUGGAGCGAUGUUGCAGCCAAGGAGGACAAUAUAACGGCAUUAGAAUCUUCUCCAAUGAAAAUGAGCCCUGUCGUUCCUCGUCGUCCCGUCCUACCGCUAUAGCAACGAUUGCCUCCGUUGUUAAAAGAAAAGAAGAGAAAAAGACGUCAAUUCAAAGCCAACCAAAUACAUAAGGAACCAAGCAAACACUUUCCCGUCCAUUUCCUCUAUAUGUAUGUAGCCGAUCGUCAGUGACUGACGAAUAAAAGAUUCUUCAUAUAUCGACGACAACCUCGGCUCAGCGACGAAUAAUAAAAUAAUAGUCAAAAAAGAAAAGAAAAGAAACAAAAAAAAGAACCGCACGUUCUGAAAGUUGAGCGCACCUCGCUGCGUAAAUAUGCUGGAUGCUAAUGUGAUGGCUGGCCCGUAAAAAGUGGUUCGCGAUACAUCCACCCGCUACAGCUUUUUGAUAGCUUUUUCUUCUUCACACAGACUCAAAAAAAAAAAAAUGCGAAGCGGGAGGCUGCUCAAUUGAAGAGUGGGCGGAGUGUGCGACAGUUGAUGGACGACACACCUUCAUUUCAACUCAUAGGAAGAGAGAGAGAAAAGAAAAGAAAAAAAAAGAGGGGGGUGGGAACAUUAAAAACAUAACCUCCGACAGCGGGGGGGAAACUGUGCCUUCUCUCUGCUGUUUUGAGUGGAAUUCGAGCCAAAAAAAAAAAAAAAGUGUCUCCAAAUCACCAUGGAUACGAGGGAUCUGCUCGAGAACGACAAUGUUUUCCAGUCGGCUACUGAAGCUGCGGCUGACUUUCUAUCGAUCGCUUCGUCGUUUGUGAUUUCGCGCAACGAAACGGCCAGCAACGUCAGCAGCGUCACUAGCGUCACCAACGUCAGCAGCGUUCGACACUUGAAUCCAUCCGUGCAGGCGUUGUUGACGGUGUUUUACAUGUUGGGCAUCUCAGGCAACAUUGCCGCCCUGAUAAUGUUGGGACGGAAUGAGACGGCACGCAACAAGCGUCAAACGCUGAUGCUCAAGUGCUUGGCGUGGAACGAUCUUCUAGCCGUGACGGGCAGCUCCAUUCAGAUGCACUUGCAGCUCUACAUGCCCAGCAGAUGGGUUCUGACGCCUUACUUCUGCGGCGUCCGCGUUUUUUGGCGCGCCUUUGGACUAGGAUCCGGAGCCGUCGCGCUGGCCAUGGCCGUCGAACGUUGGUUCGCUCUCACCAAACCUUUCGUCUAUCAAACGAAAGUGACGUAUCGCCGAAUUCAGAGUUCGAUUUUCGGAUUGUGGAUUCUGGUCACGAUACUUUCCUGUUUGCCGUUUUUCGGUUUCGGUCUCUACUAUGAUACGUCCCAAGUUGGAUACAAGCGUUGUUCCAGAUACCGGUUCGGUACGACUCCCGACGACAUUGCCUACGCCUACGUUUGGUUCGGUUUCGGUUUGACCAUGUGCGUCCUGAUUGUGGCCUGCAAUCUCGGUGUAAUCGAGGCACUCUACCAGAUGAAUCGACGGAGCGGCAAUCGCAGAUUGACCCGCUAUCCGGUCGAAAUGCCCGCCAUUGGAAAUCAACAUCAGCCAUUAAGGGACAAACCAUCGAAUCAUUUGCGUGAUUCAUUUUCAGUGCGCCAGAGCAUCGAGCUGGACAACAGUUCAUUUUCCAACAGCUCGACCAGUCGUCAUCAUUUAAGCAUCCGACAAAGAGACUCUUCGGCUAGCUCUUCAGCGUCGCGACGACGUCACCGUCACCACGGUGCCAAUCACCAGACGCAGGAAGAAAUCAAAUUCGCCCGUCUGAUGGCCGUCCUCUGUAUCUUCUACGUCCUCUGCUGGAUUCCGCAAUUAGUAGCCAUUCCAGUGGGUUUGGCCAAUCCGAAAAACCAAGAGCGCGUUUUCUUUCGAGUGGCCGACGUCUGCAUCGCACUCAACUUUGUACUCGAUCCUUUCAUCUACGUCCUGUUGAGAGGCCAGUGCGGACGCAGCUGUUGCUGUCGGGCCUGCAAUCCGUCCCGGUGCUGGCCGUGCCGGAAGAUGAAUCGACAAGAAACAUCGCUCGCCUCCCAAUUGGCCAAGGACGACGCCAAGUUGGCAGUCGGCGGCGACCUUGCCUACGGAAUGCAGACGCAAGAAACGACAGCCGUACCAGAUCGAGAUUACGUUCCGCUCAAAACUCUUUUGGCUGACAAAGAUAACAGUUUGCCCAUGGUCAGUAGAGAACAGCCGGUUUGAAACAAAACAAUAUAUUAGGGCAUUAUUUCUAAGUAAUUUGCUUGUCAUUAUUUUUACCGGUUCAAAAAAACAAACAAAAACCAAACGAGUAGCAGAUCACUGUGUGAUAUGUCUGUUCUUCUUUUUUUGGUUAUAUUUGAAUAGGGAAAAGAAAAGAAACACAAACCAAAACCAAAACCUAAAUACCAACUGUCUUCUGACUUGUCUAUCUCUCUCUCUCUCUCUCUUUUGUUUUUGUUUUUUUUCUGCGUUGUUGUUCGUCUUUGGUUUACUCAGCAAACACCAAAAGACAAAGAAAAAAAACAAAGACAACGAGCAAGAAAUCUCGUCUAUUGUCGCCAAACAUUUCCCUUCUUCCACUCUUUCCAAGUGUGUGUGAGUGUGUGUGUGUCUGCCGUACUUGUGUGUGUCUGAGUGUGUGUACUUUGCUGUAGUUUUUAACGCCCCGAAAAUUUCCCCAAGUCGUAAAUAAAUCCCUCCCGAACAAGCGAAUAUAAACUGCAACUAUCCCACUAGUACGAAAAAGAAAAAGAAAAGAAAAGAAAAACAAAAAAUAAAUAAAUAAAACGGAAUAAAUAAAUAA